AUGGCCGCUUCAGGAGGUAAUAUUGAAUGGUCAACGACUGUAAAACCAAUUUUGACUGCUCUUUACGGCCCAUUUUUCGAUAAAAAUGAUGUCGUAGAGAAUAUACAAGCCAUAAUUAAAAGUGAAAGUGAAUUCCAGAACCAUGAAGAUGUAUAUGAUUUAUUUUACACAUGUUUUGCCUGUCUAUCGGCACACUUCAUCAGCAACAAUGCUAACAAUUUACCAAGUGAUCAGCUGAGCACAGCUCGUGAAGCUUUCCGGAUUAUACUCAAUCAGAUUCUGAAGAAAUUGUCUGAAGCUGGUUUAAACUGUGAUGACAAUUCCACUACAUCAGCUCCAAAUGUUUCUGUCAAGCAGCUUCUGCUUCCAAUUGUGGGACUAUGUGGCAUUGAUGGAGGGGGCUAUCCACAGUCAGACUUAGUAAUUUUGACAUCUUUAUUAAAAAAUGCUAAGUUGCCUGCACAUGUUAAUGUACCAGAAACACAAACGACUAAGUCUUCAGUGCUACCAAGCCCUAUUACAUCACUGGCGUCACAAACAACCAGCACUGAAAAGCAGCCACCGUCGAGCGCCCAGCGUCGCUCCGAUGCUCUGUUAGAACAACUCACAAUACCUCUAAGAAACCCCGUCACUUCUGUGACUUCAGCACAGACGCCACCUCCACCAGUACAAUCGCCCGGAAGCAAGGAUAGCAUUGAAACUUCCAAGGAUGGUAAUACUCAACAGCCUGCCAUUGAUGUAAAGAAAUGGAUGGCAUCGACAUGUUCGUCACUGCUCAUGACUCUCCGAGCUGGAUCAGUCGUACUGAAGGUGUGCUCCUCACUGCCUUGUCUACAACGCUACCUGAAUCGCUGGCAAGCUGCCAAGGAUUCGGCUAUUGCACCACAAUUUAACUCAGAUGCGUCACUUCUGCAUUUCCUAGUCAAUGAAGUACACGUUUGUCGCCUCGCAUUAUCGCUACCGUGCCUGGAACCUUUCACAUCAGAGCGCAUCGCCACGCUUAGUGAUGUCAGCACGGCCUGGCUGCUAUGCGCCACUGCACAGGCAUCCCUACAUCCAAAGGACGAAGAGAGUGAACAGCAAACUGCGACAUUGGUAGAGAGCGCACUUAGUCUGUACAAUACAGUGGGCGAAACAUUCAAACAGUCCACUCGAGCUGGUGGAUAUGUGUACCAAAACCAUCUGAUGAUUGGCGGAUGGGUGCUCCUAUGCGGGCUGCACCAUGCCCUGGCCGGCGCUCCGUGUCCCACGACUGCACCAGGCAAGAGCCCUGCUAAAACACCAUCCAGGCCAUAUAACUUGACUAAAAUGCAACAGGGUCUGGGCGUAGUAUGGGUGGCUCUGGGCGGGCGUUGCUUGGCGUGGACGGGUGCUCUGCUGGCGGACGCUCGGCUCGAGGCGCUCAGCUGCGGCCCGCCGUCCUCCGGCUCCGCCACCAGCACAGCCAGUACCACCGGCGCCGGCGGACAGCCCGCUCCCCUCCUCGUACUAGCGCAACACUCGGCCCAUCAACGUGAACUGCGGCUCGCUUCCGCUGCGCCACUACAUCAGCUUUUGGUGGCAUUAGGUGUCGUCUGCUACCGCAAGGCUACAAAUUUGAAGCGCGCUGUAGUACAGAAACAACAUCAAGAUGCAGACCCUGAUCGAUCUGAUUCAACCGUCUACUUCCAAGAUAUGAUCAUGUGUUCUGAAGACUCUGAGACUGAUGAUGACAGUGAACCCUUGUUCGGUCUUUGGUUCGAAUCGACACUGGUUGCACCCGAGGUGACUGAAGGUAGCACGGCAGCGCGUGGGGGCAGCGAAGCAACCGAUGCCUGUGAUACGCCUGCUCGCUCGCAACAAGCUAUCGUGCCCGACAAGGCAGAACCCUACUCGUACAUCACACUGGCAACUGAGGUGUUCAUACUCCUAACUGACGAGAUCAUUAGUGAAGGAUCUGAGAGGUUGGGACAGUCGGCGUUGCAACUCCACGAGGCACAUCAAGCACUUCUCGCUGCGUUGGCGAAAGAUCUCGACCGAGAGACCGCACGCACUGACACAGGCACUAUCUCUGCGUGCUUCGGCAUACGUCUUGGCGCGCUGUACGGGUCAUUCAGCGCGGCUCUGGUGCGGUACCUGCACAAUUUGACGGGCGCGCCCGCAUUUGCUUCGCUGCAGCCAGCGCUUCACCAUCAGCUACUGGCCAGCGGCGGCGGUGUCAGCGCUGACCGAACCAGCAUCACACCUCUACAGGUGGGACCCCGCGUAGUGAAACUUCUCGGUGGCAUGGUGUUAAGUAAGUCAUCUGCCGAACGAGAGAACAGUAUACUUGCGAUGUGGCACAAGAUCGUCAACACACUACAAGAAUGUGCACUGCAAGCGCAGCCUUCCCAAGAUCAUGACUAUGAAGAUUUGAAUGUAGAACAUGCUCAGUUGCUAGUAUAUCUUUUCCAUUCUUUGACACUUAUGCAGAAGAAGUCAGUUCUACUGAUGACAUCUAAUGCUAUCAUUAAGGUGGUGGAAACCCUAGCAAUAAGCGAUAGGAAACGAGCAACGGCUCUCGCGCCUCAUCAGCUCAUGCUGACUACUAGAUUGAUGCUUCUUUUGGAAUACCUCAUGAGGCAUCUCUAUGAUGCUCCCCAAACGUUAUUACAACAGAUCGAAUGGAACCUUGUCAUAGCGCCAGGACUCGCUCAGCCGACGCCAGAGACCGCCACGAACGGCGCUAAAACGACUACUGAGAAUGGUCUUUUAAAAGCACGUAUAUACUGCGAUGUACCGUACAUUGAACAAGCUUACAGACGACUCUCGCAGGAUGAAACUUCAAUGAGACCUAAGUUUUACGCACUGACCAAUGCCGAAAUCAAUAAUCAGGAGAAUCCGAAAUUCGAUGGUCUAGCAUGCAAUUUCGUGCUGGGUACUCCUCACAAGCUCAAGUACCCGUUACUGCUGGAUGCGUUGUUGGCUCUCCUCAACUCGGCGUGCGUGUGCGACAACCAGCAGUACAACGCAUCGCCUGCAGCACUCGCUGCUGCUCACUACUGCUUCCAAACUGCUUGGAGACUUGUGAUAAGCAUGCCACCAGCUACUCCGCAUAUGGACAAGCUUCAGGCGGGCACAUCCGCAGAGCUGACUUCACUGCUGCCACUGUACGCAGUAGUGUGGGCGCCCCGCGCCGAUAAUAAGAAGGUCUUUAACCCCUGGCUUAAGGACGCCCUUGUUAAACAGGGCAUGUAUACCCAUUAUGCUGAGAAUUUAUUGUCUGGCGUGAGCACAUCAUGCGACAACAUCAAAUACACAGCGUGGCUUGCAUCGGAAACUAUAAAACACUUGAAAGAAAACAUCAUGCCGAAUGGCUUGCCGUCACUGUUGGACGUUAUUUCAUGUGACUCUGCAUUGGUGAGACUUAAAACAUGCCUCACGGAUCCCGCGUCGGUGACUGAGGCGUAUCACUUCAUACCUGACCUACUCGAUUUGCUGGAGACCAUACUCGAAUGUUGCCGAGUGAGCGCCGAUAUAGAUUUGGAGGGCGUGAUGGAGCCCAGCGCCGUCACCGCAGCGGAGGCCGCCGUGCGCAUCGCCCGCCUCCAGGUUAUGGGCGCAGCGGCGUCGGCCGGCAGCUCACUGCCCACCCUGGGCACGUGGCUACGAGCUCAACUCACAGCCGCAGCUUCUGCAGCACUUGAUCGUCUCGCAUCGCCGCCACCACUCGCAUGCAUCAAUCUGGCGUUCUAUGCAACCCAUAUCAUACCAUCAGAGAGUGCUGUACUGAACUUGGUGUCUUCACAUUGUGAGCUUAUAAGUGCGAACACGAAAUACUCAAUUGGUCCCUCGUUAAUGAUGCUCGCAUACUCCGCUGGGAAACUACUAGACAUUGCCGCAUCUAAAUUGGCCGAAAAUCCUGAUCUUACAAAGAGGAGCCUUGACUUGGUUGUGCCAGGACUGACGGAUGUUAGGUUGGAGUUCAUGGCGGAACCGUUCGCGUCAACACUUAACAUACUGGUCCCAGCGCCACAGAAAUCUGAGCAAUUAAUUCAUGAGCAUAUCCUUAAGACGACAUACACAGUGCUUGUUCAUCAUUUGCAGCCUUCUACAGAGAAAACACUGAAGCAAAUGGUAAAAUACUGGGAGAAAAUCCUAGAUAGACAAGCAGGCAGAAUGGCCUACGAGUCUGUGUUCACAGACAAUUCUGAAUAUUCUCUCGGUCAGAUUCUGUUAUCGGCGCCAAAUGCACGAAGCCCAUACACAGAAAGAGUUAUCAAAUUAUUCAUAAAAAUCUUGAAUGGAUGCGAGAAUUCCGAACUGGGCAGUGCACUUUGCAUUUCUGUUUGCAAUUUCGUUGGUGUUGCAGACCAGCAAAAGCUUUCCAGUUUGUUAGCACACAUCUGCUUGGUAUCUCCGAGUACAACAAUCGGUAUAUCCUGCACCGUGAAUGGCACGCCGACCGAAACAGAGCUGCCUACGCCAACGUCGUCCGCGCCGGAGGCCGGCAACCCGGUGUCGCUCGCACUACGGAACGCGCUCCGCACUGUGUUCCGCACGGAGAGCGACGGCACGCAACGGAACGACGCCGCUUCUGCAGCCGCCGCCCAGCGGAUUGAUUCUGAACUGCCCGUUUUCGAUACACCAUCGCCAGCGCCCAGAGCGCAGUCUGAUUCGACCCAACAACCAGGAAAUUCAGAAAAUUGUAGCUGGUCUGACGGAAGCAAAGAUAGUGCGGCUGCAACUGCUGGUUCUACAGAACCGGCGCCAGUGCCCAGCUCCGAUGCAGCCAACGACAAUGCCACUCUUCUCUCUGCUAUCUGCAAACAUGUAGUACAACAUUGUACGAUUGAAGUGAGCGAGCGUAUGCUGGCGUCUCUGAUCGGCGUGUGCGGUGACAUGGCGUGUUCCCCGCUGCUGCUGCGCGAGAUGUGUCGGCUGGCGGACGCGCACCAGGGCGUGCACCACAAACAGCUGUUCCCGGCCGCAAUUAACUGGCUCUCUACCUGCGUGGAUAAUUUGAGUAGUCCCGAAGUCCUUGAGAAGUUGGAAGAAGGGCAAGUGGAUGGCAACGUGGCGCCGCAGAUCGAAUCUGCUUGCGUUCUGCUGUCGUACCUCGCCGACGCACUUCAUGCUAUCAAUACGGCACAACCACACACGUGGCGAUCUGUCAGUCCUACGUGGGAGUCCCCGUCAGAUCUCGGCUUCGACUUUGAUUACACAGAUGAACAACAGGAUGAUGACGAUACGAGUGCUGAUGAUUCUGACGAGGACGCGAUGCUGCAAUACAAGCUGUGUACAUUCACGAUGACGCAGCGCGAGUUCAUGAACCAGCACUGGUACCACUGCCACACCUGCAAGAUGGUGGACGGUGUCGGCGUGUGCACGGUGUGCGCGCGCGUCUGCCACCGCGGACACGACGUCUCAUACGCCAAGUUUGGCAACUUCUUCUGCGACUGCGGCGCUAAACCUGAUUCCAGUUGCCAAGCACUGGUGAAGAGGUCUGUGACACUGGGCGGGGCGCGGGGCACUGGCUCAGGGUCAGGGACGGGGGGCUCAGACGAAGCGCCCCCCGCGCCCGCACUCCGCCGCCGCCCUUCGAGCCCCGCACCGCCGGCAUUGCUCGCGCCGCCCAGGCGUCCCGUGCUCGCUGCCAAUAUACAAGGGUGCCGCGCGUUCCUGUCGUCGUUCGCGGGGUGGGGCGCGUGCACGGAGCGCGUGCGGCGGCUGCUGGACGCGCUGUGCGGGCCGGUGCGGGCCGCCUGCCAGCGACACGCGCCAGCCGGAGCCCACGCACGCGCUCAACGAGCACUAGCGCAGCUACAUCUCGGAGAGAAGCGGUUCACGCACACCGAUGACCUCAUGCUGCCCACGCUGGGAUCCCAAGAGGGCGCAUUCGAGAACGUACGCAUGUCGUAUACAGGUGAAAACGGGCAAACGAUCCGCCAACUGAUGUCGACGCACAAGCUGCGCCGCGUGGCCAUGUGCUGCCUCGCGUCGCCGCAAGGCCGCCGACAGCAUCUCGCCGUUUCACAUGAAAAAGGAAAAAUCACAGUGCUCCAACUGUCGGCCCUGCUCAAACAAGCCGACUCAUCGAAACACAAACUUACCCUGACGCGGUUAUCGUCCGCACCAAUACCAUUCACGGUACUCAGCCUGAGCGGUAACCCGUGGAAUGAGGAUCUACUCGCAGUCUGUGGCUUGAAAGAGUGCCAUGUCCUUACUUUCAACAGUGGUGGUGCGGUAGCUGACCAUCUAGUUCUGAACACCGGUUUGGACGCUAAUAACUAUAUUAUCAAAGCAAUAUGGUUACCGGGCUCACAGACGCAGCUCGCGCUUGUCACAUCCGACUUUGUCAAGAUUUUCGACCUCAGUAAAGACUUAAAUAAUCCAAUGCACCAUUUCCUCGUACCCAGUGGGAAGGUACGUGACGUAACUUUUGUGAAUCAAGAUGAAGUGAUGCAUAUGCUAUGUAUGAGUUCAGCCGGUCACAUCUACUGGCAGCCGAUGAGCGAAGAAUCUCGCGCCACACUCGGAACCUUCUACGUCACCAAUACACUUGAAGUGUUGCACCCUGAGAUUCAGGAUGUUGCCGGUUUAGUCGGUGGUGGCGGUGUGUCUAUUUACUAUUCACACACACUGAAGAUGUUGUUCUUUUCGUACGCUCAAGGCAAGAGUUUCCUCGCUCCACUCAGCACUGUCGAAGAUUGUGUUCAAGGCACCGCAAUGAUAACGCUGUCGUCAACGGCGACGCAGAAGGAGGGCGGGCGCGGCGGCGGCAAGCAGGGCGGCGUGCAGUCGCUGUGUCAGUGGGCGGAGGUGGUCGGACACCCCGGCCUCGUCACCGCCGUCAUGCAGGCCUCCAACAACCCCGUCGUGCUCAUGCUCACACCCACCAACAUAUACGUACAGGAGAUCAAGGUGGUGCCUGCAAAGGCGAAGAUAACAGACAUGGUGGCGGUGCGACACUGGUGCGGCGGCGGCGGCGAGCAGAAGAGCACGCUGAUCCUGCUGUGCGAGGACGGCAGCCUGCGCAUGUACGCGGCCGGUGGAGACCGCACCGGCUACUGGCUCGCGCCCGCCAUCCAGCCCACGCAUCCACGACGACGCGCGCGCGCACUCGCCGCGCACGCCAAGGGCAAGGCUCAGCAGGCGGCAACGAAAUCCAAUGCGAACGGAGCACCGCAGUUCCCGAUCGACUUCUUUGAGCACUGCGUCGCCAUGUCGGACAUCGAAUUUGGAGGAAACGAUCUGUUGCAAGUAUACAAUACUGCCCAGAUUAAACAUCGCCUUAACACGACCGGUUUAUACGUCGUAUCAAACAAGAUGAGCGGGUUCUCAAUGGAGGUUAUAAACUCGGAUCCCAACAUGGUGGUUUGCGGCAUAAGAGUGCUCCUCGGCAGCCAAGACGUAGCAAGAACCCCGUCAUAUGUUGAAGUGUAUGAUAGAGUCAUACAGACCGCAGUAGUCCGUAACCGUUGGUUCGACAUUCCUUUGACACGUGAAGAGUCCCUGCAAUCGGAUAAAAAGUUGAUCAUUAAUUUUGGAUCAUCACAAGACCCCGACGGAGUUACUAUGGUAGACUCUGUAAAGGUGUAUGGUAAGAACAAGGAACAGUUCGGAUGGCCAGAGGAAAAUGAAGAUCCAUCAGCAUGUCCAUCAACCAGUAAAGUGGCACAAGAGUCGGACGGUGCGAACGGUGCGUGGAAGCCCAGCUCGCUGGAACGGCUGGCGUGUGCGGCGCUGGAGGCGCUGGAACUGAGCGCGAGCGCGGAGCCGGCGGUGGGGGUCACGGGCGGCGCGGGGGGCGCGGGGGUCGCAGGGGUCGCGGAGGGCGGCGCGGAGGCUGCGCGGCGACUGCUGUGCGCCCCGGCCGGCGCACACCUACACGCUCGGGCUCAAUGCCUGCUACGUGCACUCCACCACACCAACUAUCACCAGUACAAGGACCAAGCAAUCCUUAAGUACGUUUGUACGUCGCUACAAGAGUUGCGCGAUACAGCGGAUGCACGAAACAUCGACCCCGAGUCUUACUUCCGGCUCGUGCUGCUCGCACGCGGGGUGGCGGUUGCCCGGCCACAACACCUCGUCAAGUACAGCGCCCCAACACCACAAAAGCCUGCCAAUGGCGACUGGUCAGUGCUGUGGAAAGGCACGAGCGAGAGUGAAGGAGAGCAAACACAAGAGCAGGAGAUGGAGAAGGAGACGCACGUGUGCGCGCUGCUGACGAGCGUGCUGUGGAGGCUGGCGGCGUGCCGGAGCGCGGCGGGCGGCCCGCCCGGCGUGCUGUCGUACGGGCUGCGGCACGCCGACCACACGCUGCACGCGCUCGCUGACAUCGUGCACGCGUUCCAGCUGCACGCGGACCCGGACUGUAUUGAUUUCGGAAAUCAAAUCUAUCUGUCUCUGUUACUGGCUGAAGAUCAGAGUAUCAGUUUCGGUGCAAAGGCUGCACUAAUGAGAGUGCUACGACCUAGAGUGAAGAGGCGACGUGUCUACAUUCCAUCACCACCCAAUACGCCUGGUGCUGGUUCAUCGGUAACGACAGGACAACCGGCCAGAUCGAUCACAGAAGCGGCAGUCUCUGAAUCGGAGCUGAGCGCGAAUCGAGACGAACAACAAGACAACCAGUUCAUGGAAGUUGACGAUUCGCUCGAACCAAUGGUGCUACUUGCACCCGACGGAGGACUGGAUGCGUUGCUGGACAUCCCGCCGGACGCGGACGACGAGACGAUGGUGGAGCUGGCCAUCGCGCUGUCGCUGCAGGACCAGCCGCGCCGCACGCCGCCCGCGCCCUCCGCGCCGCCGCCGCCCGCGCCCGGCUUCAGUGACGUCACCGCCUCGCCACAGGGUUCUGACGACGAAGGCAGCACCGCCGCAACGGACGGUAGCACACUGCGCACGUCGCCCGCGGAGGCUCCCGGGUCGGCCGGCUCGGCCGGAUCGGCCGGUUCCGCUUCCGACAGCGCCGGCUCCGGCGCAGACAGUACCGGCGGGGUCUCCGGUCGCAGCAGUGCCUACGGAGAUACGGGGUCCGCUCCCUCAGCGGGGAUGAUGGCUACCUCCAAUAUCAACGAUGUGCCUGUUUUUAUAUCAGCGGGAGCCUCGACUUCGUCUCAGCCUGUGCCCUCGACGUCCCGUGCGAUCGAAGCGGAAACGGAAACACGGAAACUACACGCGUUGAGGCUGUCACUAUUGUCAGCUGCUUUAGACGCGCUGCCGUCGCUCCGCACACUGCCUGGAGUGCGAGCUAUACCAUUUGUACAGGUGGUUCUCAUGCUGGCCGGAGAUUUAGACUCGAGCGUAGAAGGUGACCGAGUAGUCCUUGAACGGCUUCUAGAACUGCUAGUAUCGGAAUUAGACAUUCAGGCCGACGAGACAGCACCAAGCGAACAGGACCGUACCGAUCGCCGCGAAUUGCAGCUGGCCAUUAUGCGUUUGGAGCUUCUAGUGUCGGAGUUAGAUAUGCAAGAGGAGACCUCGCCACCCAUACACGAGAGGACUAAUAGACGCGAGUUGCAGCUCGUUAUAAUGAGAUUGCUGAGUGUGUUGAUGGCCCGGUGGAAGACGUCCGGGUCGGGAGGGUCAGGCAGCACGGGCGGCGGGAGCGGAGCUCGGGCGGAGGUUGCGGGCGCGAGUGCGGCGCACGUGUCGCGACUGGCGGCCGCCGCGCUCGUGCGGGCCGGCGCGCCGAGACACUGCUACAAGGUGCUCUCAGCGCUGCUGCCCUACUGGAAGGAGAAAACCUCCAACACUACUACAACAAGUCCUGGUCAGCAACUAUUGAAGCCACAACCACCACUACCGCUGCCUGACAUGCAGCCGUUCUUCGUCAAAGAAUAUGUCAAAAGCCACGCUCUAGACGUGUUUGACAACUACCCACAGCUGCUUAUGGAAAUGGCGCUGCGUCUGCCGUGUCAGAUACAUAAGCAUUGUGAUCCAUCGCAUUUCGAUAUGCGCUGGCGUUCCCUACUGUGCGAGUAUAUGAUGAAUCAACAGACACCUCUCAGGAAGCAAGUCCGCAAACUGCUGUUGUUGUUAUGUGGCACUCGCGAGCGUUACCGGCAGUUGCGUGACGUGCACGCACUCGACACGCACCUGAGCGCCGCGCGGGCACUUCUCGCCACAGAUCCUGCUUACGACAAGCUCGUGCAACUCAUGGAUCACCUUAAGGCGUGCGCAGAGAUCGUAAGCGCGCGUACGGGUAACUGGCAGCACACGUGCGCGGUGGAGCGGCGCGAGGCGCUGGCGUGGCUGGUGACGGUGGCGCGGCGCGUGCACCCGCACGUGGCGCCCACCGUGCUGCAGCUGCUGCAGGCCGCGCUCUGCUCACCGCUGCACCACCACGCGCGCCAGGAGAACAAGCCCUCAGCUGACUGGUCGGAACGAGAGCGCAGUGCCGAUAGCGACGCGUUUGUGUCUGACGGGUCGAAGUUCCAAGAGCAGAGAGUACCCGCUCUCGUGCAACAGAUUCUGAAACAGGUGUCUCAGGAUGAGCUGAAAAUGUUCGUGAAAGCAUUUUUAUUGGAAACCAAUUCAACUGCUGUUCGUUGGCAAGCACAUGAUCUUCUGCUGGCCAUACAUAAAAAUUCCCCGCAAUCAGAGCAAUCAUCUCUUGUGUCAUUAAUGUGGGGCAUCUGGCCGACGUUGCCGCAGUACGGACGCAAGGCCGCGCAGUUCGUCGACCUUCUUGGAUACUUCACCUUAAAAAUACCCGAUCUCGAUACUGAGAAAUACGUUGGCAGUGCUGUAGAGUUAUUGCGCAACCAAAACUCCUUGCUUUCAUCACACGGCAAUGCUGCUCUGUACGCCGCAUUAGGAGCAUUCGUGGAACUCGACGGAUACUACCUCGAGUCGGAUCCAUGUCUCGUGUGUAACAACCCUGAAGUGCCUAUGGCCACUAUCAAAUUGCCCACCAUCAAGAUCGACUCGAAGUUCACUACAACGACCCAGAUCGUCAAGUUGGUCAACAGCCACAUGAUCAGCCGCAUCAGCUUGCGCAUUGGCGACAUCAAACGCAGCAAGAUGGUGCGCACCAUUAACUUCUACUACAACAACCGCACAGUGCAAGCUGUGCAGGAACUCAAAAACAAACCAGGAAUGUGGCACAAAGCUAAGCGCGUGCAAUUGCAAUCUGGCCAGACAGAGGUUCGUGUCGAUUUCCCUCUGCCCAUUGUCGCUUGCAACCUCAUGAUGGAGUAUGCCGACUUCUAUGAAAACCAACAAGCUACAGGUGAAUCAUUGCAAUGUCCUCGAUGCUCUCAGUCGGUGCCCGCAAACCCUGGUGUUUGUGCGAACUGCGGCGAAAAUGUUUUCCAGUGUCACAAGUGUCGUGCGAUAAACUACGACGAGAAAGAUCCGUUCCUUUGCCACGCCUGCGGUUUCUGCAAGUACGCGAAGUUUGACUACACGUUAACAGCACGGCCAUGCUGCGCGGUGGAUACGAUAGAAAAUGACGAGGAACGGAAGAAGAUGGUGCAUACUAUCGGAGCGCUGCUAGAUAAGGCCGAUCGCGUCUAUCGGCAGCUAGUUGCCAACAAGCCGGUACUAGAGUCGCUCCUCCACAAAAUAAGCGAGCAUCGUCUUGAAGGUCGCAUGGGCGACGAGAACAGUAACACGUCCAAUUCAUCAUUCAGCGGGGCGCAGAUCAACCGCGUCAUACAGACGCUCGCUCACAAGUACUGCGUUGAUAGUAAGGGACACUUCGAGGACCUCUCCAAGAUCAUUCAGAAGGUGUUGGCCUGCAGGAAAGAGCUUGUGUCCUAUGACAGGUCACAAAGUGAACAACUGAAAGGAGAAGAAACAUUACCAGUUUACGCUGGUCUCGUGCAGAAUUAUGAUGGAGACUUUAAUAAAGAGUCGAGCGGGCCCAGCGCCUGCUUCGGGUGCUCGCUGGCGUGCGCGGAGCACUGCCUCACGCUGCUGCGCGCGCUGGCGUCCGAGCCCGAGCACCGCGCACGGCUGUGCCGCUUCGGGCUCGUGCAGGAACUCGUGCAGCACAACCUGCACCGCGGCACGCCACAGUGUCAAUUAGAGGUGCGGGCACUAAUCUGCCUCGUAACACGUGACAACCUACCGGCAACUGAACAACUCUGCACCCUUUUAUCUCAGCGGAUUACGCUCUCACUGAUGGGACAUGCAGCAUCGCAGGAUCACAACAACUCGGUUCGCCCGUUGGUCCUAUUGUUGGGAUCGUUGGUGAAAGUCCAAGAUUCAGUGGAGUGUUGGGAGGCGAGGUUGCGCUGUAUUGUCAAACUUUGGGUGUGGUGUUGCCCUCAACUAACGGAAGUUGCUGGCAUACCACCAGCUGCUAACACCAUUCUAAAAGCCGAAGCUUUGGCGGGAAUACCAGGAAUCAACACCUCAUCACCUAACUCACACCAAUUUGCGCUGCAACAAGUAGCGCUCCCAUGCCUCCGUUAUAUGCAACAGUUGAUGGCGCCACUCGCAACCACUGUUUCUACAACAUCGGCGGACACGGAACCCGCUAAGGACGCUAAAGAAACGGCACCAGCUUCUACGGCUGGCACCGGCAACGCGGCGUCGUCUCCGCUGGGCACAGUGGUGGUGGACCUGGCAGCGUGGCUGGCGGGCCGCGUGCCGCACUCGCGCUGGCGGCGGCUGGCGCCCGACAGACUCGAAUCGCCGACGAACGACACCGAACCGCCGCCGCCGCCGCGCGAUAUACACCUCGCGCACAAGUACCUCACCAGGUGGCGCGAGAAGACUUUACUGUCACACGGCAUGCGACCGCUGUGCCUGGAGGACGGCGGGUGGCUGCGGCCCGUCAUGUUCGACCCGAGCUCGCGUAUCGCACGCGACACCGCUUGUCAGAUGAUCAAAUCUCUGUGCGACUCCUACGAGAGAACCAAAGCCGUAUUAAUAUUGCUAACAAGUUUCUUGCCCGAGGUUGGAGCAGCAGGCGAAGCCAGUGAACAAUUUUUGCAACUUUAUCAAAGUCUGGCAUCGGAGGCGCCAUGGAAACAGUUCCUGGCAUUACGUGGCGUUCUGCAACAAAUAGCUGAUUUGAUGACAAAGGAGAUCGAACAACUGCAUCGUUUGGAAGAAACUACUCUCACUUCCGAUCUCGCUCAAGGGUACGCCCUGAAACGGCUGACGGAGCUGUUGGCGAUGUUCAUGGAGGAAGGCGGUGCUCGGCGCACGUACAAGACGCGGCUGGUGGGCGCCGUACUGGGCGGAUACCUAGCGCUGCGGCGCCUCGUGGUGCAGCGCACGCGCCUCACGGACGACACCCAGGAGAAACUACUCGAGCUGCUCGAGGAGAUGACCACUGGCACAGAAGCAGAAACGGCAGAAUUUAUGGCCGUGUGUAUCGAGACGGUACAAAAGUAUCCAUUACACGAUUACCGAACACCCGUGUUCAUAUUUGAGCGGCUGUGCUCAAUUAUAUAUCCGGAAGAGAAUGACGUCGGCGAGUUCUUCCUCACGCUCGAGAAAGAUCCACAACAGGAAGACUUUUUACAAGGUCGAAUGUUAGGCAACCCUUACUCGUCCCUGGAGCCGGGUAUAGGCCCACUGAUGCGCGAUGUAAAGAACAAGAUCUGUACCGAUUGCGAAUUGGUCGCCCUGCUCGAAGACGACAACGGCAUGGAAUUGCUGGUCUGUAACAAGAUCAUGUCGCUAGACCUGCCCGUUAAGGAAGUGUACAAGAAGGUGUGGUGUACAUCUGGCGAGGGUGUAGAUGCAAUGCGCGUAGUGUACCGCAUGAGAGGUCUACUUGGUGAUGCUACUGAAGAAUUUGUGGAGACACUGAGCCAGACUAACGCAGAAGCCGUCGAUGAUGAGCAAGUGUAUCGUAUGGCGAAUGUGCUCGCAGAUUGCGGCGGACUGGAGGCGAUGCUGCAGCGACUGGCGGCGAUCCAGCGCGUGGGCGCUGCACGCGCGCUGUGCUCGACGCUGCUGCGGCUGCUGGCGCUGUGCGCGCGCGUGCGGCGCUGCGUGAACGUGCUCACGCGGGCCACCACGCGCGCGCUGCCCGUGCUGCUGCACGCGCUACACCUCGCAGCGCUCGAGGAGCGCGACAUGCCGCGCGCCCACCUCGUCUACCAGCUACUAGAGAUAAUGGAACGUAUACUAACGGUCGCCGCAAGCGAGAGCCUCGAAUCGUUCCUACAAUUUUCUCUAACUUUUGGUGGGCCAGAAUACGUUCAAGCUCUGCUCAACUGCACCGAAUGUCCAGGUAUUCGCAACAACUCAGUCGCGCUGGGUCACCUGACCCGAGUACUAGCCGCUCUAGUGUACGGCAAUGAUCUCAAGAUGGCGAUGCUCGUAGACCACUUCAAACCAGUAUUAGAUUUCGACCGUCUCGACUCAGAGCAAUGGACCGAAGAAGAAUUCCGCAUGGAACUGUUCUGUGUACUCUGCGCCAACAUAGAGAGGAACUCGAUCGGCGGUACACUAAAGGAUUAUUUGAUAUCGUUGGGUGUGGUCCGCGAUGCGUUAGAGUACAUUAUUAAACACGCUCCAUGCGUGAAGCCGACGCUGGUGUGUACUGACUCUGACGAGCUUAAAGAGUUCAUCAGUCGGCCCGCACUUAAGUACAUACUGCGGUUCCUCACAGGACUUGCCGCCGAACACGAGCCCACGCAGAUGUUGGUGUGCGAGAAGGUGAUCCCGAUAGUGCACCGUUUGGAGCAGGUGUCAUCGGGUGAACACGUGGGCUCGCUCGCCGAGAAUUUGCUGGAGGCGCUCCGUUCACAGCCGCAGUGCGCCGCCAAGGUGCAGGAAGUGCGCGACUUCACUCGCCAGGAGAAGAAACGUCUCGCAAUGGCAGUCCGUGAGAGGCAGCUGGGAGCCUUAGGUAUGAAGAGUAACGAGCGCGGCCAGGUGACGGCGCAGUGCUCGCUGACGCAGCAGGUGGCCGACCUGGCCGAGGAAGCCGGCGCCGUCUGCUGCAUCUGUCGCGAGGGAUACAAGUAUCAGCCCACAAAGGUGCUGGGUAUCUAUACCUUCACGAAGCGCUGCCCAGUGGAUGAGUAUGAGUUGCGCGCCCGCAAGACGCUUGGCUACACCACCGUGUCGCACUACAACAUCGUGCACGUCGAGUGUCACAUGGCCGCCGUCAGGCUAGCACGCGCCAGAGACGAGUGGGAGAGCGCAGCGUUGCAGAACGCAUCUACUCGAUGCAACGGCCUAUUGCCGCUGUGGGGGCCGCACGUACCCGAGUCGGCGUUUGCUAGUUGCCUCGCUAGGCACACUACUUAUCUGCAGGAAUGUACCGGGCACCGCGACAUCGGGCACACUUGCACUGUGCACGAUCUGAAGCUGCUGCUGCUGCGUUUCGCUCGCGGCCGCUCGUUCCAUGACGACACCGGUGGCGGUGGCCCGCUCUCCAACAUGCAGCUCGUGCCUGCGCUCAUACACAUGGCGCUAUACGUCAUCAAUACGUCGCGCAUUGCGGCUCGGGAAGUGAACGCGCUGGAAGCUCAUCGCGCGUUGCCGCUGUCAAGACUGCUGGAGUCGGCGCACGACGCCGAGGGGGCGAUCUACUACCUUGUGCUCAGUCUACUGCUCUACCCGCACGACAAGUGGUUCGAAUUGCGCGCGGAAUGGAUACGGCGCGCGCUGACUACUGCGCACGCGCGCUCUCUGGCACCGGGCGGGCCCCCGCUGCGCGCGCUGACCACCGAGCAACGCACGCCCGAGCACUGGCGCGAGUACAAGCCGUACGUCAUCAUGGUCGGCAUCGUGGACCUGCUCUACACUGUUAUGUUCAAGAACGUAACGGCCACGACACCUGACCAGUGGCCGAUAAAGUUGGCAGAAUACAUCCGUCAUAACGACGAGGCGAAUGCUAGAGCUGCCGAGAAGAUCGUUACAAUACUCACAGAAGAACUACUGCCUUGUACAUCAUUCACCGAGUUCUGCGAUGCAUCUGGCUUCAUAAAAGACAUACACAGUCCCUAUAAUUUCCAUCUGGCAGUCUUAGAGGAGCUUCCUUGAGGAAGGGUUUUCGUGCCACACUGCCUCAGUUACAAUGGAUGCAUGGCUUCUUAGUACUAUCAGAUAUAUCUGUUUUAUUUUUUAUUAAUCGCUUGAAUAUACUUUUCAUAUACGUAACCCUAUUCUAACUCUAUAUUAUAUAUACGUUUGAUAUCAUAUAGGGUUCGAAUUGUUGCGUUUAAAAAUACGCCUAUAAUUGCACAUUAAUAAUAGUCACAUAUAACAAAAUUAAAUGAUAUUUAAUGAGUAACACUGUAUGCUUGUAGUCUCUUAAAAUAUUGUGUCUAUGUAUCCACUUGUAUUCAGUACAUGUAAUUUUCGAUUUCAUCAAUAAAUAGUUCA